GGUGCGGGGCUUGGCAGGAGCCAGCGGGGCGAGUCCCGGCGGGGAUCAGAGCGGGGCGGAGGCACCGGACCGGGAGUGGGGGCGGGACAGCGCGAGUGGCGAUCGCGGGGAGGAAGGGAGCGUUUCCGAGAGCGCGGCUGCGCCUGAGCGAGCAGAGACGGGGAGCGGAUUUCCCAUUCCCAAACGUUGUCUGGAUGAAGAGGGUGGUUGUGAGGAAGAGGAAGAUGCCCCAGGACACCCAGGCAGACAGGGAUCUGAGGAUGGAGACCAGGGAGGACAAAUCCCCACGGCAGAACCUCAUGGAAGAGGCUGUUUUGAGCAGCUCCGCAGUGCAGGAAUCCAACAGGGAGGAAAAUGCCCAGAGAUCCCCCACGAGGAGGGCCUGCAAACCCAUCCCAGGGUGCUCCAAGGAGGAAAGACCCACCCUGAGCGAGGAAGGUGGACAGAGCUUCAGCCAGAGCUUGGGCCUCGUGGUCUCUGAGCAGCUCAGUGAUGGGGAGAAGCCCCACAAGUGUGGGGAGUGUGGGAAGGGAUGCAGCUGCAGAUCCAACCUCUUCACCCACUGCGUCCACAGUGGGGAAUGCCCCUAUGAGUGUUGGGAAUGUAGGAUGAGCUUCAGAUGGCGCUCUGACUUGAUCCCCAACCAGAUGAUUCACACUGGGGAGAGGCCCUAUGAGUGUGGGAAGAGCUUCAGCCAGAGGACCCAAGUGAUCAUUCACCAACGCAUCCACACCUGGGAGGCCCAUGUUCACUUCUGUAUGGUUGGCCAGAUAUACCAGUCUCUGGAUGGUAUAAAUCCUAAAUAUGUCGACCUGAAGAGGUUUGAGAGAUGA